GGAAGAACCAAAAACAGAGCCGUGCCAAUAUUGCAGUGAAGACUAUAAAGAGAGAGUGGAGGAGAGAGCACAGAAGAAGAGAUAAUAUAGAGAAGUAUCUUCGACAGACCCAAAGAUGCAGGGAAACAUGAGGUUGUGGAUGUCAGUGCUCACUUUAUGUCUGUCUAUGCUGAUCUGCUUGGGUACAUUUGCGGAGGCUUAUCCAUCAAAACCAGACAAUCCAGGGGAGGACGCACCAGCAGAGGACAUGGCCAAAUAUUACUCUGCACUGAGGCAUUAUAUUAACCUUAUAACAAGACAGAGAUAUGGGAAGAGAUCAAGCCCAGAGACAAUGCUUUCAGAUGUUUGGUGGAGAGAAAACACAGAAAACAUCCCUCGAUCACGGUUUGAAGACCCUCCCAUGUGGUGAUGAAAACAGACGCUCAUCUAAAGUCUUUUCCAAGUUUUUCAUCCAUACUUCAUAGUUCUACGACAAAUAAGACUUUAUCAAUCCUCCAACACACAACCGAUGCAUGCAGACAUUUCUGAAGAUCUGUAGAUUUUAUUUUAUUAUGCAUUUUACCCGUACAGAUAUAAAUGCGACUCAGUGGAAUUCAUGGUUUCUGCAUUUUAACAAGCCAGAGGAUAAAUGAUAAGAAGCUGGUAACAGGGUACAUAUAUAUCUGCCCUACUACCAGAGGGGCACAAGAAAGUGCCAAUCUGGAAAUCAAGUGCUACCCACAUCCCUUUCGGUUAAACCCGACUGUCUGUACAUAUUCAGCUGUAUCUAUUCUGUGUAAAUUCUUGUGUUCAUUUACUAAGAUGCCAUGUGUUGGUUAUCUAGCAAAAUAAAAUCAUUUUGAAACCUUUUUCAAAGACAA